AUGUACAAAUCGCCUCAUAAUACACUACAACUUCUAGCUGAAUCACGUCGUCACUUGUUUUUUUUAGACGAAUAUUUUAUAUUCUCAAUGCAAAUAGCAGAUAACGCGUAUUGCUUAUUUUCUCCAGCGGUAAAAAGUAUGACGCUACUAACAAAUAAUUUUCGUUUUUUAACCACGUCGACAAAGCAAAAUCUGCAAACUUGUGAAAGUCAUUCAAGUUUUAUUUUAAGAUUUUCACAUAGACAAAAAGGCGUUAUACGCAGGAAUCAAAAGAAAUUCUCUAAUGCGAUUUCAAAGAAUGUGUGCUGCGUAAGUAUAGAUGUCACCAGUAAAACAAUUUUGACUAAUACAAAAAACAAAGUAGGCAACCUCCUAUUCAAAUUUUUAAAACAAACGGACUCGCCAGUAAAUCUUAUCUUUAUUUCCAAUUUAUCUAUUUGUAGUAUGUGCACCUUGCAUCACAAAAUUAGCGGUAGAGAGCCUUGCACAUUUUUAAUAAACUUGAGCCAAUAA